AUGACCAUCGCCAUGAUGGCCACUUUCGGCAUCAAGGUCGAGCGCCUCUUGGAUCCUGCAACUGGUCGCCCCUCCAACACCUACCGCAUCCCCAAGGGCCACUACGUCUCACCGGACGUCUACGACAUCGAGAGCGACGCCAGCAGUGCUACUUACCCCCUCGCCAUUGCCGCCAUCACGGGCACCGAGUGCACCGUCCCGAACAUCGGCUCUGCCUCGCUUCAGGGAGACGCACGUUUCGCCAAGGAGGUGCUUGAACCCAUGGGCUGCACCGUCGUCCAGACCGCCACCUCGACCACUGUCACCGGGCCCAAGGUCGGCCAGCUGCGUCAGAUCGGCCUGGUUGACAUGGAACCCAUGACGGACGCCUUCCUCACUGCCUCGGUCUUGCUUGCCGUUGCUGCUCAGCCUCCCGCCAACGGCUCCACCUCGACCUCUCGACCCUCGACGCGCAUCACGGGUAUCGCCAACCAGCGUGUCAAGGAGUGCAACCGCAUCCGUGCCAUGAUGGACGAACUCGCAAAGUUUGGCGUCGACACCAAGGAGCACGAGGACGGUCUCGAGAUCUUUGGCAUCGACUACCGCCAGCUCCGUGCCAACGUGCGUGUGCAUUGCUACGAUGAUCACCGUGUAGCCAUGGCCUUCUCGGUGCUGGCCAGCUUGGCACCUGGUGCCAUCUUGGAGGAGAAGCGCUGUGUGGAGAAGACCUGGCCCAACUGGUGGGAUGACUUGGAGCGCAAGCUCGGCAUCCGUGCUCACGGUGUCGACCCGGAAUGCUCCGCCAGUUUGUGCAUCUCGCCGUCGCACUUCAACAAAGCGGGUGUCAAUGGCAAGCAGGCGACGGCUGCUUCGCUGUCUCAGCUGACCUCGAGCCGAGCGCAGACCCCACGCAAGUACGCUAAAGAUGCCACGAUCGUCUGCAUCGGUAUGCGUGCUUCGGGCAAGACUUUCUUGGGUGCCAUCGGUGCAGCAGCGCUCGGACGAACCUUCAUCGACGCCGACGUUAUCUUCAACGAGAAGCUCGGUGUCAAGGAUGGCCUGGGUGACUUUGUCAAGCAGCACGGUUGGCCCGCUUUCCGUCAAAAGGAGCUCGAGAUCUUCCAGGAGCUCAUUGUCCACUAUCCGCGGGGCGCACUCAUCUCGCUCGGCGGUGGCGUAGUCGAGACGGAAGCCUGUAGGAAAAUUUUGGCCGAAUAUGCGCACAGCAAGGGUCCGGUGGUGUACAUCGUGCGAGACACGGAUGCCAUUGUCAAGUUCCUCUCUACCAGCGAUCGCCCCGCCUACGGCGAGCCGGUGAUGGAUGUUUACCGCCGUCGUAACCCCUGGUUCGGCGAGUGCUCGUCGGCCGAGCUCGUAUCUUACUCUGCAGGCGAGUCCUUGGCCGUCCAGCCAUGUGCGAUGAACGUGCCCGACCCUUCGUUCACGAUUCAGAAGCGCUUUGGCCUCGAGACCGAGGUUGCGCGCUUCUUCAAGUUUGUCACGGGUCAGAACACGAACCAGAUCGGCGAUUUGGUGGUGGACAGCCGGAAAGCAGGACGACAAACCUACUUCCUCAGCCUGACGUUCCCGGACGUCGUGCCCAAGCUCGAGCUGAUCCGAAGCAUGGAGACGGGCGCUGAUGCUUUCGAGUUCCGAGUGGAUCUGCUCAACCCGUCUGGUCAGCCUGUGACUGCGCCUCAGGUUCCGCCGACCGAGUACGUCAAGUACCAGUUGGCUGCGCUGCGCCACCGCUCUUCGCUGCCCAUCGUGUUCACGGUGCGAACGCACUCGCAGGGCGGCAUGUUCCCUGACGGCGCACAGCAAGAGUACUUUGACCUCAUCAGCCUUGCCUUGCGUCAUGGCUGCGAGUACAUCGAUCUGGAGCUGGGCUGGGACGAUGCUCUGCUCGCUGCCGUAUCUGAGGCCAAGGGCCACAGCCAAAUCAUUGCCUCGUGGCACGACUGGUCUGGUCGUCUCGACUGGGAGAGCGAUGCGACCGCCAAGAUCUACGAGAAGGCGUGCCAAUUCGGCGACAUUGCCAAGAUCAUCGGUAAGGCCAAUACGAUGGAGGACAAUUACAGCCUCGAACGCUUCCGUGCCAAGGUGUCGGCGACGGCUACCAAGCCGCUGCUGGCGGUCAAUAUGGGUGCUGUCGGUCAGUACAGUAGGAUCGUCAACCCUGUUUUCUCGCCCAUUACGCACGAGCUGAUGCCGGUCAAGGCUGCCCCGGGACAGUUGUCGUUCCGUCAGGUGCAGACGGCGCUGUCGCUGAUCGGACAGACGGAGCCGCGUCGAUUCGCGCUCUUCGGUACCCCCAUCAGCCACAGUCUGAGCCCGUUGCUUCACAACACCGGGUUUGCCACGCUGGGUCUGCCGCACAACUACGAGCUGCUCGAGACGACUGAGGUCAACGACGAAAUUGCCGCAUUCGUGCGAUCGCCUGACUUUGGCGGUGCGAGCGUGACGAUCCCGCAUAAGCUCAACGUCAUUCGGCUGCUCGAUCAGGUGACGGAUGAGGCUAAAGCCAUUGGUGCUGUCAACACCAUCAUCCCCAUUCGCAAUGCGCAGGGCAAAUUCACGGCGCUCGUGGGCGACAACACGGACUGGAUCGCCAUCAAGACGCUGGCAAGGCGUUCGUUGAAGACGGUGCAUCUGGCUGACCCGAACUUGACGGCUCUGGUGAUCGGUGCUGGUGGCUCAGCGCGAGCCGCGUUGUUUGCGCUGUACAGGCUGGGUGUCAAGCGUAUCUUGCUCUUCAACCGUACGCUCGCCAACGCGGAGAAGCUGGCAAAAGAAGUGCCCGUCGAAUGGAACGUGCACGUGCUCGCAUCGCUCGACGAGAUCUCCCAGCUUCCUCUCGAGCAGUCUCCUUCCAUUGUAGUGUCCAACAUCCCAGCCGAAGGCGCGACGCUCGACGCUUCGGCUACGGGCCUCAUCCACCUGCCCGCCGUGAUUCUUCAAAACCCCGCCGGCGGCGUUGUCAUUGAUAUGAGCUACAAGCCGUACCACACGAGUCUGCUGCAGCUUGUCCAGCAGGUCAACACUACCACCGAGCUGGCCAUUGGCACAAACUUGACCAAGGCUCCGCUGCGCAAGCUGUGGACCGCUUGCCCAGGCAUUACGAUUCUGUUGGAGCAGGGGUGUCAUCAGUUCCAGCGCUGGACGGGCAGGGAGGCGCCUAGGGCUCAGAUCGAACAGGCUGCCUGGGAGGUGUAUCUCCAGCGUUAA